AUGGCCCCAUCCGCCGAUCCCGUCGUGGCUACGCCCGGCGUGCCUGCUCCGACCCAUCCCGAUCGUCUGCGCGUCGACCGAAGCACCAAAGCCUUUGGAAGUGGGGCCACCUCUCUCGUCGACCUCCCCGCGGGUGCCCUCUUUGCCAAGAUCACCACGGCGACCCCCGGCAAAAAGGCCUACACCAGCGUGCAGACCGGUCCGGACAGCCACAUCGAGCUCAAUUCCGACCUGGUCUUCUGCAACCACUCCUGCGCCCCCACCUUGAACUUCGACAUGGAUCGCAUGGAAGUGCGCGCUGUGGACAACCGUCCCCUCAAGGCAGGCGACGCUCUGACCUUCUUCUACCCCAGCACCGAAUGGGAAAUGGACCAGGCUUUCCAAUGCACCUGCGGGGCAGGUGAGGGGGUCUGCAGAGGCUGGAUCUCUGGGGCCAAAACCAUGUCCAACGACGAAUUGGCGGGGUACUGGCUCAACCCUCACAUUGCGCAGCUGGUUGCUCAGCGCAAAUAA